CCAGCCAUGAAGCAUUCGAUAUGCAAGAAUUGCGACACGAUGCUCAUUGAUGGGUCUACAUGCACGAGCGAGGUGGAGAAUAGGAGUAAGGGGGGCAAGAAACCAUGGGCGGAUGUAUUAGUUCGGAAAUGCAAUAUCUGUGGUUUUGCGCGAAGAUUCCCUGUGGCAGCAGAGAGGCAGAAAAGGCGGCCACUUCGCUCGCGGGAGGAGCAAUUUGCUGCGCAGAAUGACAAGGACAGUUGAGAUUCGAAGAUAUCAAGGCAUGUUUACGAUCUAAUAACCACGGGCCUUCACCAUGGAAAACGCCAGCAUUACAAAGACUCUAGCAGGUCUUUCUCGGGUUCAAAGACUGAAUCUACAAGGAAGACCACGCGCUUGAAAGAAAGCACUCCUCAACCUUGGAGGGUCGGGGAUAUGGGCUCCACAAGGG